CAUUGCUACUAGGAUUAUCUAUUUCUCUCUUCAGAGUUGAGGGAGAUAUGGAGAAACCUUUCAAGAAUGUUGCAGCAUUAUGUGCAACGGUGAUUAUGGUGUUUUUGGUGGUAGGAAUAGUAGAAGGACGCCGGGUUGAGAGAAAGGCGCUUGUUGAUGGCCUAGGCGGAGGUUUUGGUGGUGGUGCUGGAGGAGGUGGAGGGCUUGGAGGUGGUGCAGGUGUUGGCGGAGGGUUCGGUAAGGGUGGAGGCAUUGGUGGUGGUGCUGGAGGUGGAGGCCUAGGAGGUGGUGGAGGUGCUGGUGGAGGAUUUGGGAAAGGUGGUGGUGGUGGCCUUGGAGGUGGUUCAGGUGGUGGUGCUGGAGGAGGCAUUGGCGGUGGUGCAGGUGCUGGUGGAGGCCUAGGAGGAGGUGGAGGUUCUGGUGGAGGCAUUGGUGGUGGUGCUGGAGGUGGUGGCGGUGGAGGCCUAGGAGGUGGUGGAGGUGCUGGUGGAGGAUUUGGGAAAGGUGGUGGUGGUGGCCUUGGAGGUGGUUCAGGUGGUGGUGCUGGAGGAGGCAUUGGCGGUGGUGCAGGUGCUGGUGGAGGCCUAGGAGGAGGUGGAGGUUCUGGUGGAGGCAUUGGUGGUGGUGCUGGAGGUGGUGGCGGUGGAGGCCUAGGAGGUGGUGGAGGAUUUGGGAAAGGUGGUGGUGGUGGCCUUGGAGGUGGUUCAGGUGGCGGUGCUGGAGGAGGCAUUGGCGGUGGUGCAGGUGCUGGUGGAGGCCUAGGAGGAGGUGGAGGUUCUGGUGGAGGCAUUGGUGGUGGUGCUGGAGGUGGAGGCCUAGGAGGUGGUGGAGGUGCUGGUGGAGGAUUUGGGAAAGGUGGUGGUGGUGGCCUUGGAGGUGGUUCAGGUGGUGGUGCAGGUGGCGGUGCUGGUGGCAUUGGAGGUGGUGCAGGAGGAGGAUUUGGGAAAGGUGGUGGUGGCGGCAUUGGAGGUGGUUCAGGUGGUGGUGUAGGAGGAGGAUUUGGAAAAGGUGGUGGCAUUGGAGGUGGCGGCGGCAUUGGGGGUGGUUCAGGGGGAGGAUUUGGUGGUGGUGGUGGGGGAGUAGGCGGCGGCUCCGGUGGUGGAGUUGGUGGCGGAUUUUAGGCUUUUAACAACUAUGAACUAUGAUAAAAUUGAAUUCCAUGCACGUGCAUGGACACUUAAAAUAGAGUUGUGUUAUACCAUUACGUAUCUUUACUAUAGCUAUUAAUGUACGGUUAUUUAAUGAAAAAAUAAAAAGAAGGUUGGUUCACUGACUCUGACUCACUCCUUUUCUUUCGUCGUCAGAGCAAAAGGAGACUAUUAUCCUCUGCAUUUAUUCUGUUUCUUUG